AGAGUGUCGCCGAAAUACUUUCGAGAUACAGUGUAUGUUUUAACACCAACCGGAUGCCAAACAAAUGUAUCGCUGACACCCAGGCACCCAUAAAUUCCACAGACACUCUGUGUUGCUUUUGCUUUUACUUGCAAUACUACUGCCAGAUUCAGAGUCAGGGUUUUGGGCAUGAAAAGUGACGACAGCAAAAUGCGUUAAAGUUGGCGCUGAAUGUCGGAGUGACUAGUGCGAUUAGUUCCGUGGCACGCGUGUGCAUUUGAAUGUGUUUGGGCUCGGAUUUUGACUCGGACUGGGACGCCAAGUGAAUAUAUAUGGCCUGCACAUAAAGUCACAGUUACAUACGGGCCGAGUCGGCUGAGUCGGCCGAGAUAAGUCCAUUUGUCUCGUCUGGGCCACACCUAAUUCGGUUUGGACAUUAUUCAAUUUCCCAGCAAAACACACACGCACUCCCAGCCAUUCGGCUUGUAUAAUUGUAGAAGCUGAUUAUGUUUGUUGCCCUCUUAUUGGUGAAAUUUAAUUAAUCCUAUUUCUGUUUGUAGCCUCGUGGCAUUCAAGUAAAUUUACAUAAACAUCGGUCCAGGGAAAACCAUAAAAAUGGAAGCGAAAGAUUUUCAUGGCUAUUCAGGUUAAUGGCAAUGUUAUUAAUGAAUUUUUAAUUAGGACUCCCACGGUUUUCGUUGAACUUUGUGGGGCAGUAACACUGGGUCAGCAUGAAAUUGGAAAUUGAUGUAAGAUUAAUGAAAUACCUAAACAUGAUUUUCCAGGAAUUCAGGACGGAUUCCAUUUGAUUAGUUUAGAAAUGGAAAAACGCUGUCGGGCCAAAACAAAAUGGCAAGUGAACCGAAACGGAGCCAAACGGAGUAAAUACCUGCCAACGAUAAUGAAGAGUUUUUACUUGUUGAUGGCUGGAGCAAUUGACCCACGACAAGUGUGGUGCACACAACCACAGUACCAGUAACACAAUAAUGGGUAGCAGUGAAAUGUCUGCGGUGAGCCAUUCAUUAAACCAGGGAAAAUUUAAUGUGUCCGUUCACGCUCAAGUAAAACUGAAUCGCCGGAGCAAAACAAAAUCAGCGAAAACGAGGUAGAACCAGAAGAAGUGCGGCCACCAUUUGGCCAAGAAUAAACCACCGAUUGCCAGUCUGAAUAUAGUUUAGUACAGGUAUGGUAAAAAAAAAUGCAGUCGAGUGCAUCGAGCAGGCUGAAAUGGGUGCCUACUUUUGCUCAGUCUGGUGGGAGCUCUGAAUCGGUUUAAACAUGCCAAGAAUUUCGAUCGCAUUUGCAAUUUACCUCCAGCUCUGGCUGGUGUCCUUCGGUGGUGCGAAGGCCCUUCCACCAGUGGUGCAGUUGGGUGGUGCCAUAGUGGCAGCCGUAGAGCAAAACGCCGAGUUGGAAGCUGCUUCCGAAGAGCAGCAGCGAGUGGAUCGGGAGUGGCUAGCAGUGGCCGAAACCCAAUUUCAAAGGAUUUUAAAAGAUGAUCUAAGUGCCGAAGAAUUGAACAAAAUGCUUGAAAGAUGGAAAAUCGAAGGUCGUGGCAAGCACAAAAAACAGAAAAAGCUGAUGAAAAUGAUAUAUCCCAUGCUGGCUGCUGCUGCUUUGGCCAAAAUAGUUAUACUACCGCUUAUAUUGAAAUGGCUGACGGCACUUUCGACGUCUUCGUUUGUCAUGGGGAAAAUUGCUUUGGCCACUUCCGGUCUAUUGGCCCUAAAGUGGAUAAUGUCCGGCGGCCAUGCACGCGAUCGAUUAGAGAUUAUUCACUCCUCAGCACCGGCCAUUAAGGGAUUCCAUGGAGAUCUUUCAGGAAGUGGCAGUAAUUGGAUGCCCAUUCGACAGCCCUAUAUACCAUUGGGCUUAUCGAAAGAUCACAACUAUGACAAUUUGUACAAACCAUUUUUAUAGAUUAGAAUAUUAGGAAGAUAGUAAAUGUGUUUACAUUUAAUUCAGAAUAUUUAUAUUUUUAGCUAACUAACUUUAAAUGUGUCUUGUUAGCUUUAGUUUAGAAAAUCGAUUAAAAAAUUAGUUCAAUUUAUUAUUUGUUGCCGUGUGGUGUUGGCCAAUAGACAAAUAGAGCCACGUAACUCUUAGCUUCAUCAACGAUUAAUUAGCACAUGGCUCGCCCGACUUUGACGACUCCACGUUACGUAUACGACCCGUUGUCAAAUCAGCUGCUGCCGCGUCUGCGUGCACGAAGCGCAAAAAUUAACAGCACUGCGGCGGUGCCGUUAUGCAUAAAACGGUUUAUUGCGCAUGCGCACCGUACCGCACCACACCGUCUGCCCAAAAUCAAAAAAGCAAUGACCAGAGCCAAGCCAUCAAUGUCGCCGCAUUGGAAGCGACACUUCCGCAAGGCCUGUUGCAAUAAGCGCCGACAAACGACAACGGCCUGUAAACGCUUAUGUAAAAAAAAAAAAAAACAAAAGCCCAAAAGUAAACAAAACAGGUCGACAUAAAUCAAUCAGCAUGCAGCAGCCGCUGCAGCGACUUGGGUGGGCACUUGGGUGACAAUACUUAGCAGGUGUGACACCUGGAGAGAAAGCCCUAAAACUGUAGAAU